UAUAUAUAUAUAUAUAUUGCAAGACGCAGAGCAAAGCAAUGAAGCAUAUACCACAUCAAGGCUAUAAGCACAAAUAUGGUGACCAUUACAGCUUCUCACACUGUCAUUCCAAAUCAGUCAACUCCCAAGACUCGUUUAUGGCUUUCUGAUAAUGACCAUGUCGUGCGUCUAGGUCAUACACCCAUUAUCUACGUUUACAAAGCAAAACACAACCACGAAGCCAUUGAGAGGAUGAGAACCUCGCUCACCGAGAUUUUAGUGCAUUACUAUCCAGUAGGUGGUAGAUUGAGUUGGAUUGAAGAACGUGGUAGAUUGGAAUUGGAUUGUAAUGCAAAGGGAGUGAUAUUGCUUGAAGCUGAAACCACAAAAACAUUGGAUGAAUAUGGAGAUUUUUCACCCACUUACCCCAUCAAGGACCUUAUUCCAACCAUUGAUUAUACUCAACCUAUUGAGGAGCUGCCCUUGCUGCUGGUCCAACUCACAACAUUCCAUAGAGACCAAAGCCUUGCCAUGGGUGUUGCUAUCUCUCAUAUUUUGUUUGAUGGGGUUGCUACUAUUCAAUUCAUAAACUCAUGGGCAAAGCUGGCUCGUGGGGAUACAUUAGACCCUGAUGAAAUGCCAUUUCUAGAUCGAACAAUACUCAAAUUCCCACACUCACCAUUAGCACCACGCUUUGAUCACCCUGAGUUGAAGCCUCCCCCACUCAUACUAGGAACCUCUGAUUGCACUAAUGAGCAAAAGAAGAAAACAACAGCUGCAUCAUUGAAACUGACAUCAGAGGAAGUGGAGAAGCUGAAGAAGAAGGCCAAUGAUCAAUCCCAGAAAGAUGGGUCAAGACCAUAUAGCAGAUAUGAAGCUAUUGCUGCACAUAUAUGGAGAUGUGCAUCUAAGGCUCGUGAACUUGAUGACAAUCAACCAACUCUGGUUCGGUUCAAUGCUGAUAUUCGCAGUAGACUGAAUCCACCUCUGCCUAGUAAUUAUUCUGGGAAUGCUUUGGCAAGAACAGUGACAUCAACAUGCUAUGUUGGAGAACUUAUAUCAAAUCCUUUGAGCUAUGCAGCACAGAUGAUACGGGAAUCAGUUGAGUUGCUUACAAAUGAGUACAUAAGGUCACAACUAGAUGUUAUUUUGGGCCAGGAGGUACUAGAUUGCUUAAGGGCUUUCGUCUUGAGACAAGGAGAACUUAUGAUAGCCCCAUUUUCUGGGAAUCCUAAUCUUCAUCUCACAAGCUGGAUGAGCAUGCCUAUGUAUGAAGCUGAUUUUGGGAGGGGAAAGCCUGUGCAUUUUGGUCUAGGAUAUGUGUCUCCACAUGACAGGGCAUUGAUUAUUCCAAGCCCAGAUGGGGAUGGCUCUGUUAUUGUGUCUAUGCACUUCCAGAUGGCACAUAUGCAACUUUUCAAGAAGUUCUUCUACGACGAUAUAUGUGUUGGCGUGCGUUCCUCCCUUUAAUGCUAACAGCUAUACAUCCACUUCUCACGACAACUGUCUUCGGCUUGUUGAGUGCAAGUUUUACAUGUGCUCUGCAAUUUCCUAUUUCCAAUAAAUUUACUACAGCAAAGAAAAAAAUAUGACUUCAUUUAUGGAUUGUCGACAUCGGUGUCAUGUAAACGUUUACAUGGAGAUUCUAGAUGAAUUGAGAUCGCUGUAAUUCAUCUCAUAACAAACAAUCAAGGAAAUGAAAGGAUAAUAAUAAAUCAGGAUACUGCUGAAGAAAAUUAAAAAUAAUAAUAAUUUGGAUACAUUGCAAAAAAUUUCAUAUUAUUUUUUCAUUUUGUAGGAUAAAU